AUGAAAUAUCUUCUCCUACUCAGCGUUCUGUCCCUGUUCAAUGCCUUCACCAAUGCCUUAGCUACCGAUAUCCUCUACUGGCCCCUGGGCUCCGAUCCCUCCCUCCUUGCCCGCGUCUCCUACGACCCGACCUCGUUGACAUCCGACGUCGCCUUCCACCCCCCUGCCCUGAAGGAGGAUCUGGUGCGAAUUGGCCUCUACACCUCUGCUACCCAGUGGGUAGGCAGUCUCGUCUCGGCAUCCUCCUUGAUCGGCAACCCAACCUUCCGCCUCCACCUCGAUUCCGCCCACCAAGUCUACCAUGUCUCCCUCUCUGCUGAGUCAACCACUGCCACUACUCCCCAGGUGGAACUGGUGUUUGGUGAGCCAGGAACACAGCCUCAUCUGAAUCGGCCGAUUGUGGUGAGCCCAGAUGGUACAAACCCUGAACAGCCGGAAGAGAAGAGCCUGUUGCAAAAAUACUGGUGGGUUCUGCUCAUUCUGACCUUCAUUACCAUGUCUGGUGGUGGUGGUGAAGGGCAGUGA